UGUCAGUGGUAAUAUCGCCAGAGGCGGCGUCCGGCUGGCCGCUACCGAGUUGGCGGCCAAGGUCAAGACGUGUUUGAGAUGCUGAAACAAGCUGCACUUAUGUGUCCCGAGUAGUCAUGGAGUCCAUCGCCCCAAUCUGAUUGUACCCCCGAAGAACCUUAUAGCGUAUGCGUAUGGUCGGUAGAUCAAUUGGGGCGAUGGUCAUGUUAUCCGACCCCUCGGUGGGGCGUAACCAUUCCACGUGGUAUACACGGCUCCUAGAUUGAUUCACUUGCUCUAGCUUUCAGAAGCUGAAUAAGUCCUGGCAAAUAACCUGCUUGCCUGUUGAUUUGUCACGGCGAGAUUAAAACCAAAUUAUCUUCACAUCAAAGGCAGUUCUGCAAAUGCCAUUCAAACCCUCCUCUUCCAUCAUUUCAAGAACCGUCGUCUCAUCACCCCGCAUCGUCACUCAUACCCCGCAACACCUCCGUCGUCAUCGCGUAGCCUCCAAGCUUCAAGCUACUACAAUGUCCGUAUCAACACAACAAGAAGCGGCAUACAAGCGCAACCCGCACCCCGACUUCAAGAAUGUCGAGGCCUCACGGCCGGACUGGGACGCGGGAGCAUCCUUCCACUACACGAAAACCGCCGACCCGAACUGGAAAUACGGCGAUGGCGCCAACGCACUUGACCGGUCUUCAGCCGAGAAGAAACACAUCACCAUCGACCCCUACGAGCCAGGCCGACCAGCGCCCUUCAACUACAAACUUCUAAUUAGCAGCAUCGUCCCUCGCCCCAUAGGCUUCGUCUCCACCCGCUCAGCUGACGGUAAACAGACGAAUCUCGCGCCGUUCAGCUACUUCAACAUGGUGAACCACGACCCGCCUUUGUUCGUCGUCGGUGUAGCGGCCUCCCUCGAAAAGCCCAAAGACACGCUCAAGAACCUCGUCGAGAGCAAAGAGUGCGUCGUCAACAUCAUCAGCGAGAGCUUCAUCGAAGCCGCCAACGCGACAAGCGUCGACGCCCCCUACGACGCUUCCGAGUGGGACAUCAGCGGCCUGACGCCCGUAUACGACUGUAAGGACGUGGCGGCUGCGCGCGUGGGCGAGGCCGUUUUUAGCGUCGAGUGCAAGCUGGAGAGUUGUCGCGAGUUUGAGAGUCGAGCCACGCCGGGGAAGAAGACGGGGUGUUUGGUUGUGCUGGAGGGUACGCGGUUCUGGGUCCGCGAGGAUGCUAUCAAUGACCAAAAGAAUCUGGUGGCGCCUGAGGUAUUGAGGCCGAUGAGCAGGCUCGGGGGUAUCACUUAUGGCAGGUUGACGGAGGCGCUGGAGAUUUCAAGGCCGGUGUUUGAGAAGGACGUUGGUGGGAUGGAGGGGUAUGAAGAACUGAAGAAAGACAAGUCAUAUAGUGCUGCAUAAAUCUGCGUGCGUUGCUUGUACACCAGGCAAUAGACAGAGCUGUAGACAAGAGUGUUCUGAAGUGAUUUAUAAAGCUAUACAAGAAUCCGAGUCUUUAGAUCUGCGCUGCUCUUAGUUAAGACAAGGCUGUGAAGCCUGGGUCUGUCUUCUCAAAUCAUCUCAAAUAUGACGCCAGCCAAUAU